AUGAUGAGACUUGUUCAAAUCGCCAUAGCCCUGUGUGCAUUAGCAGCAACAGCAGAAGCAGUCGCUCCUAUAGGCGUUAACUAUGGAAGACUAGGAGACAACCUGCCACCUCCGGCCGAGGUUGUUCAAAUGUUCCAGCAAAACGGCAUCACCAAGAUGAGAUUAUUCGACCCUGACGUUAAUGUUCUUAACGCCCUUAGAAACAGCAAAAUUGGUGUCGCCCUUGGCGUGCGAAACCAGGAUCUGCAGCUCAUGUCUACCAAUAUGGACGCCGUCAAAGGCUGGUUCGCCGCCAACAUCGAACCCUUCCUCAACGACGUCGCCUUCGAGUUCAUCGUCGUCGGAAACGAGCUGGUUCCAGGGGAAUUAGCCAACUUCAUACUUCCCGUUAUGCAGAACUUCCAAGCCGUACUCGAUGGUCGGAAGUUAGACAACAUUUCUGUGACAACCUGCGUGGCUACCUCAGUUUUUGGAAAUUCAUAUCCUCCUUCAGCGUCUGUCUUCGCAGACAAUUCCAGAGAAGUCAUGAUAAAGAUUCUGGGAUUCCUCGCAUACACUCAAAAUCCUCUUCUCAUCAAUCUGUAUCCCUAUUUCGCAUAUGCUUCUGAUCCUGUAAAUGUACGCUUGGACUAUGCUCAGUUCACAGCUCCAGGCGUCGUGGUUCAGGACGGACCUUUAGGAUAUCAGAAUAUGCUUGACGCCAUGAUUGAUGCAUUUUUCUGGGCAAUGGAGAAAGUGGGAGUGAAUAAUGUGGGCCUGGUGGUGUCUGAAACUGGUUGGCCUUCUGCUGGAAAUGGUAAUUUUACCAGUCCAACGUUGGCUUCGACUUAUAAUAAGAACUUCGCGAAGCGAAUCACUACAAAGAAUGGAACACCAAAGAAACCUGACGCUGUGAUUCCAGGUUUCAUUUUUGCAAUGUUCAAUGAGAAUCAAAAGCCUGCUGGUGUGGAGCAAAACUUUGGGCUCUUCUUGCCGACUACUAAGCAACCUGUUUAUCCAGUUUUUCCUCUUUAA